ACCGUUCCCACCACUACUUACCGGCUACAUGUGAGAGAAGAUCCCUCCUGAAUGAAACCAGGCAGAGGGAAGAAACCAAACCAAGCAUUACUUUUUUUACUGCAUGGAAUAACGGCACUGAUUUUUUUUCACCAAGGUGUGUGAACUAGUUAAAGUUUGAUGCCUGAGAGGUAAUUCCGUAAGUGUGGAGUGACCGACACUGGAAUCUGUGAUCUCCGUCCCCUCGAGGAAUAACGUUAUCUUCUCGGCUGAUUUGUCUGCGUACACAGGCACCGGCUGCGCACAGAGUGUACACGCUAAAUAAAACCAGUGGAAAGUUGUUUGCUUCGCUGUAAGGAGGAGUAAAAGCAGCGGUUUGAGCGACUGAGUGAAGAGUUGCACCGUAGGCAAGGUUCGGACAAAUCCUCAUGGGAACCAUGGAAACAUUGGAAAUGGCAGGAAAAGAGCAGUAGACUUUCACAGCUUGCGUACAGAAGGAUGUGUUAUUGACCCCAUGCUGCUGGGAGGUCAGGAGGUGACAUGCCUCUAUAAAACACCACUGGAAACAAAUGCUCUGCUGCCAUGCCUCCGGGGAUGGUGCGUCGUCUUUCAGUUUUAGCAGUCCAGACACUGCUGUCUCUCCUGCUGAUAGGAGUUGGCUGGCCCUUCAUCUCAUUACCCAGUGGCAUUGUCCAAGGAUCAGACUCCUCCCCCUCUAAUCCUCAUCCCACCUUUAUCCGGAAUGAUACUCUGUUUGAGCACUUGGCCCUGCAUCCUGACCACAACGUGGGUCGGGUCUAUAUCGGGGCCCGAGAUCACCUGUUUCAGUUAGACCGAUUCCUCCAACCUGAACUCCAGGAUGACACUGGACCUGUCACAGACAGUCGGGAGUGCUUACCUCCUGUUACUGAGAGCAACUGCCCUCAGGCCAGGGUCACCAGUAACCACAACAAGCUCCUGCUGGUUGAUCCUUAUUCCAUGGAACUUAUUACCUGUGGGAGCGUCAACCAAGGAAUCUGUCAGAAACGUAGUCUGGAUUCUGUGGAUAUGGUACUUUUCUCCACCACGAGGCCGGUGGAUACCCAAUAUGUAGCAGCUAACCACCCCAACGUUAGCACUGUUGGGCUUGUGGUUCGGUCACAUCCUGAGAGGCAGCCAGUACUAUUCGUUGGUCGGGGUUACACCAGCAGCCAUCCACCUAUUUCCACAAGAAACCUCGCCCAGGAACCCAUCUUUUCUUACGAGGAGACCGCCAAGUUGGCUGUUGCUGGCCGUCUCUCAGAAUAUGACCAUCAUUUUGUGGCCUCAUUUGCCCACCGUCAGCAUGUAUACUUCCUCUUCUACAGGCGUGACCUUAAGUCACAGUCGCGCGAGUACCGCACCUACAUCUCUCGUGUAUGUUUGGACGACCAGUCCUAUUACUCCUAUGUAGAAGUACCCUUAACAUGCCGUUCCAGGCCAGGAAAAAUUUACAACCUGCUACAAGCUGUCCAACUCGGGCUUUCCAAGGACGGUGUAGUCAGCCAAGGCUCGGAGAUUCUACUUGGUGUCUUCUCCACUCGUUUGGCUUCAUCAACUCGGCCCAGUGAGGACUCUGCCCUUUGCAUGUUUAAUCUUGAAGAUGUGGACCGCAGGAUUAACUCCACCAGAGACCUGUGCUACACGCAGAUGGGUAGAGAAGCAGGAGUUGAGGCAGCCUACAUUGAGUAUGAAGUCAAGUCUAACUGUGCCAACCUGCCAGAGAACACCCUGGACGCCUACCCCUGCGGCUCUGACCACACCCCCAGCCCGAUGGCCAGUCGAAUCGCUGUGGAGGCAGAAACAAUAUUGGACAGCCCGUCUGCCCGUCUCACUGCUGUGUCCAUCAGUGUGAGGGCAGGACAUACCAUUGCCUUCCUGGGAGACUCCAAAGGAAACCUGCACAAGGUGUUCCUGGGGCCAAAUGGCGAGGUGGAGGAGUACUCCGUCAUCGCCAUUCAGCAGAACGCAGCCAUCAGCGCGGACCUCAUCCUCGACCAAAAGGAGGAGCAUCUCUUCAUCAUGACCCAUACCAUGCUGCAGAAGAGGCCAGUGGCUGAAUGCCAGCAGCACCCAGACUGCCACUCCUGCCUGCUGGCCCACGACCCCUACUGCGGCUGGUGUGUCCUGGAGGGAAGGUGUGUGUUGCAAUCAGAGUGUGCUCGUGGGAACCAGCCAGGUCAGUGGCUGUGGAGCUUCGACAUGGAGCAGCAGUGUCUGACUGUCCAGGACCUCAGCCCCUCCAACAUCAGCAGGAAGGAGAGCAGGAUGGUGUCUUUGUCAGUCCCGGGUCUACCAGUGUUGGAGAAAGAUGAAUCUUACUCCUGCUUCUUCCAGGACAGCCACAGUCCUGCCACUGUAACCAAAACAGGGGUCAAAUGCCAUUCACCUGACAGCAGCAGAGUACCCAUGGUGCCUCCAGGACAGGACUUUGUCACAGUCACAUUGUCUCUGCGUUUUGGAGACGUCACCGUCACAGCAAGGGAUUUCAUCUUCUAUGACUGCAUGGCUGUUAAGCAACUGUCUGGCAGCAUGCCUUGCCGCGGUUGUGUUUUGAGCCAGUGGGGCUGUAACUGGUGUGUUCACCAGCACUUGUGUACCCACAAGCCCACCUGUGAGGAGGGGGUGAUCAUCUACAACCAACAUUUUGACCUUCCCACCUCAGCUCCUCCCCCAUCUAAACCUAUUAAAGUAAUCACGACACCCAGUACCACAACAGCUGCCCCAACAACCACUGCCAUGACAACCACCCCAACUCCUUCCACAACAACACCAGCAAUUUUCGUCACAACAACUGCAGCCCCUGUCACUGUAGCAAUCACUCAGGAGGCAACCACGCCUCCCACGCCCACUACUCCACCUACAACCACCACCAGCCCUGAGCCGACCACCCCACCCACCACCCUGCCCACUCAGCCUGCCACUACCCUGCCACCCACCACAGCAGUCCCAACCACACCUCCACCUCCAGUGGGCACCACCACGAAGGAUGAAGGGACUGAAGCAGGAGAGCUUGUCGCUGUCACACUGAGUGACACCAAAGGUGCUGCAGUUACAUCCAGUGUUGUUAUGGUGACUGCAGAGCCGGUGACUGCGGAGCCGGUGACCGCAGAGCCGGUGACUGUAGAGCCGGUGACUGUAGAGCCAGUGCUUGUCACCAUGGCUGAUGGUCUAAGUGGAGAUCUGGACCCUAUGAUGCCUCUGAUGAUCCCGGACUCUUCCCCCCUGGAGGUGGUGAUGGAGUCGCCCCCCAGCGACACCCAGGAAGCUGAGGGAGCACUGAGCCUGGCUGAGUCUCCCACCCCGGCCUCAUCUGGCUUCCCGCUGCUCACACCUUUCCCUGUGGGUGAACCAGCCGACUCUGAGCUCUACCAAGACCUGCCCCAGACACCCAUCCCGAUGCCCACACAAGACACUGAGGCAGGAAGCCUGGAGGUGCUCCUCUGGCCAAAGGAAGUGGAUGUCCAUGCUCAGGGUGCAGUCCAGUCAGAAAAUGACACAGCCACAUUUUCAGCUGCCACUGUGUUGUCAGGCGAUGGUGAGGUUGACCAUGCCCCCUCAUCCUAUGCCCACCUGUUGGAUACUGACUCACAGCUGGACUACCAGUAUGGUCCAGCUGAUGCUUUUCUCCCGGGGGACGAGGGCUCCUAUGUCAGCUGGGGUUCCUCAGCUUGUCCCUGUGUGGAGAAGGUCCAGGGUUCAUCACUGAUUCCUGUCAGAGUGGAGAGGAAGAUCACUUUAUUGGCCCGCAACCUGCACCUCUAUCAGGACACAGAGCUGGACUAUGAGUGUGUGCUGGUCAUUGAAGGACAGACGGUGGUGGUGGACGCCUAUGUGGAAACUGAUGACAUGAAUCCAUUCAACUUUGACAUCACAUGUCAACUACACCAGUACACAUAUUCAGCUCCAGUAGAGGAAUACAACGCCAUGGUGUAUGUGAAGAAGAGGGACACCUUCCAUGUGGACAGCUCUACUGAUCUGUAUGUGACUCUGUACAACUGCUCUGUGGGCCGAUCUGACUGCAGCCGCUGCCAUACAGCUGACCAGAAGUAUGGUUGUGUGUGGUGUGGCACUGCUCAGGCCAGCUGCUUAUAUUCAGACUCCUGCAAUGAAGCCGUACAACACACAUGCCCCGCUCCGGUCAUACAUUCUAUUGAGCCACUCUCCAGCCUGUUAGAAGGAGGGACCAUGGUGACAAUCUCAGGCUCCAACCUGGGCCAGAAGGCUGAAGAUAUCCUUGACUCUGUGUCAGUAGCUGGGGUGGCAUGCACCGUCAUCCCCAGCCUCUAUGAGGUCUCCUCCAGGAUUGUGUGCAGGACCAAAGCCAGUGGAGGAGAGAAGGUGGGCCAUGUCUCUGUCAAAGUGAGUGGAGGAGGGUUUGGCCUGUCCAGCCAGACAUUCAGCUACCAGGACCCAUUUGUGAUGGGGGUGUCACCUGAACAGGGGCCCAAGGCCGGAGGAACGUCCCUGACGAUCACUGGCAGAAACCUGCUGACGGGCCGCCCCUCUGACCUCACCAUCAGUGUGGGGGGAGUGCCCUGUAACAUUGUAUCAAAAGUGCAGAGAUCCAGUGUUCAGUGUGUGACAGGCAGCAGUAAUAAGACAGGAGACCACCGGAUCACCCUGCAUUACGGCAGCAGCCAGCGUCACCUCCACACUUCACCCUACCACUACACCCACAACCCCAACAUCACCCAUGCCACGCCAGCCAAGAGCUUCAUGGAUGGUGGGCGAUUGAUCUAUGUGUCAGGCCACUAUUUGGACGUGGUGCAGGAGCCUCGGAUGGUGGUGACAGUGUCUCCCUUUGAGUCUGUCAGCCAGAGCAAAAGCAAGAGGAGGAAAAGGCGAAGUACAGAGCGGAGGGAGAACAGAGAGAGGACACUGGGACGGCCGGUCAGGAUGAUUCCUGACCCUGUCUGUCCUGGAGAACCACUCUGCUCCGUCAAAAAGUUCAUGGAACGCUGUGAGGUGAACUCCUCCUCCCUGAUCCUGUGCCGCUCUCCGAUGGUGGACUCCUCUAUCUGGGGGUCAAAGAUCACAGUGGAGUUCCUGCUGGACAACCUGCGCUUUGACUUCAGCAGUUUGAACCCCCAGGCAUUCAGCUACGAGCCCAACCCUGUCCUACGCAGCCUGAACCAGCAGGAACCUCUGAACGCAUACCGCUACAACCCCGGCAGCUUCAUCCAGCUGGAGGGAGAAAACCUGGAUCUGGCCAUCACUAAGGACGAGGUUGUGGUGUUGGUCGGGGAGGGGGUGUGUGCUGUGAAGACUCUGACCAGAAACCACCUGUACUGUGAGCCGCCACCUCAGCAGCCGGCACCAGGACCCAACGGCAAGAAACGAGAGGGCUCCGACAAUCUCCCAGAGUUCACUGUCCAAAUGGGCAACCUGAACUUUUCUCUUGGUAAGGUUCUGUAUGACAACCUCAGCCUGUCCACCUUCCCCCUGGAGGCUCAGAUUGGAGUCGGAGUCGGGGCGUCCAUAGUGGCCCUCAUCGUGCUCAUCAUCGUGCUCAUCUACAGGAGAAAGAGUAAGCAGGCCCUGAGGGACUACAAGAAGGUCCAGAUCCAACUGGAGAACUUGGAGACCAGUGUGAGAGACCGCUGCAAGAAAGAGUUCACAGACCUGAUGACAGAGAUGAUGGACAUGUCCAGUGACCUUGUGGGCUCAGGUAUCCCUUUCCUCGACUACCGGAUGUACGCCGAACGCAUUUUCUUCCCAGGCCACAGAGAGUCUCCGCUGAGGCGAGACCUGGAUGUUCAGGAGUGUCGGCGGCAGACGGUGGAGCAGGGCCUGGUGCAGCUGUCCAACCUACUCAACAGCAAGCUCUUCCUCACCAAGUUCAUUCACACGCUGGAGAGCCAGCGGACUUUCUCUCCCAGAGACCGAGCCUACGUGGCCUCCCUGUUGACGGUGGCCCUUCAUGGCAAACUAGAAUAUUUCACCGACAUCCUCAAAACUCUCCUGAAUGACCUGGUGGAGCAGUACGUGGCCAAGAACCCCAAACUGAUGCUGCGCCGAACAGAGACGGUGGUGGAGAAGCUGCUGACCAACUGGAUGUCCAUCUGCCUCUAUGCUUUCCUCAGGGACUCAGCGGGAGAGUCUCUCUACAUGUUGUUCAGGGCCAUAAAGCACCAAGUAGAUAAAGGACCUGUGGAUGCUGUAACUGGCAAGGCCAAGUACACCCUCAAUGACAACCGCCUGCUGCGAGAGGACGUGGAGUACAAGACCCUGACUGUGAAUGUCUUAGUGCAGGGAGGAGGAGUGAAUGAGACGCAGCCGCUGCCUUCCAAAGUGCUGGACUGUGACACCAUCACGCAGGUGAAAGAGAAGCUGCUGGAUCAGGUGUUCAAGGGCACCUCCUUCUCCCACCGGCCCCAUGCCGACUCACUGGACCUGGAGUGGAGGUCUGGUGUUGCCGGACAUCUCAUCCUGUCAGAUGAGGACUUGACGUCUGUGGUUCAGGGCAACUGGAAACGCCUGAACACACUGCAGCACUACAAGGUCCCAGACGGUGCAACAGUAGCUCUGGUCCCUCGCCACAACAAACACAUUCACCACGACAACCAUGACUAUGUAGCAGGAGAGAAAACACCAAUGCUGGAGGAUGCAGAUGAAGGUGGAGUGCGGCUGUGGCAUCUGGUGAAAGCCAGCGAGGAGCCAGAGCUGCCAAAACACCGCAGAGGCAGCCUGAGAGAGAGAGAGAGGGCCAAGGCCAUCCCUGAGAUCUACCUGACCCGCCUGCUCUCCAUGAAGGGCACAUUGCAGAAGUUUGUAGAUGACCUGUUCACAGUGAUCCUCAGCACCAGCCGGCCCGUCCCACUGGCCGUCAAAUAUUUCUUUGACCUGCUGGAUGACCAGGCAGGACACCACGGCAUCUCCGACCCCGAGACCAUUCACAUUUGGAAGACCAACAGUCUCCCGCUGCGUUUCUGGAUCAACAUCGUGAAGAACCCUCAGUUCAUAUUUGACGUGCAGGCGUCAGAUCAUGUGGACGCUGUGCUCUCCGUCAUCGCCCAGACAUUCAUGGACUCCUGCACCAUCGCCGAGCACAAACUGGGACGGGACUCUCCCAUCAACAAGCUGCUGUAUGCCAGAGACAUCCCCAGGUACAAGCAGAUGGUAGAAAGGUACUACGCUGACAUCAGACAGACCAUCUCAGCCAGUGACCAGGAGAUGAACUCUGCUCUGGCUGAACUGUCCAGGAACUACUCUGGAGAGCUGAACUACCUGGUCGCUCUGCAUGAGCUCUACAAGUACAUCAACAAAUACUACGACCAGAUCAUCACGGCACUGGAGGAGGACACCACGGCCCAGAAGAUGCAGCUCGGCUACAGGCUGCAGCAGAUCGCUGCCGCUGUGGAGAAUAAAGUCACUGACUUGUGACAGAGGAAACGCCCACCGGUGUCACAGCAGAUAGAGAGAGGUGGGUGUGUGGGAGGCAGGUUAAUAAACUUGCAGCCUUCAGGUUGAACUGAACAGCAGGAGAGCGUCGGACAGACAGACUCUUCUUCUCGAGGAGGAGUGGUGGGAGGCGAGGCGUUUGUCAGAUCAGAAGAUUGAAGUUCAUAUCCCAGCAGCUUCUGUCCUUCUGUGGUGUCCGCUAAAGGAAGCUCCCGUGCAGUCCAGACACUGCAGAGACAGGACAGCACAUGGACACCAAACAAACCUGGACAAAGAGGAGGGGACAUGAAAAGACACCAUACAGGCCUGCUGCCAUGCUGUUUGUGAAGAACACUGAUGGUUUUAUCAGUUGCUGGACUCUCAGCUCUUGUGUAUGAGAAACCUUGUGGUCCACAGUGAGCUGACCUGAUCUGAGGACUCUCAGAAAGUAGGAUUUUAUCUCUUUAUUUUCCCUCUGGAGUCAAUUUUAUCAAGAGGUACCUCUUAUGCCUUGUGUGCUUGUCACUGCUGUAUGAUAAGAACAGAAGUGUGUGUGUGUGUGUGUGUGUGUGUGUGUGUGUGUGUGUGUGUGUGUGUGUGUGUGUGUGUGUGUCUGUGUGUGUCUGUGCGCGUGCGUGCCACAUUGCCCUGGUUAGCCUACAUCUUAAUAUCUGGUUACUAGUACAAAGUAUUGAAGUAACUAGUUGUUGUAGUUGCAUGUUGCAGGAGCAGUAUUCUGAAAAUACGCUGAACUGAUCUUCAACAACAUCUUCACAACACUGUUUACGUCACUUACAGAGAGUUUUACAAGUCACUGCCUCUCUCUACCUCACUCAGUGUGCCCCCAACGAAAAACACUACUGUCUACCUGUCAGCCAGCACAGCUCAGAUCUGCCCUCAUACUUAUACAGUAACACCUGUUGGAAAUCUCAUUUGCCGCGUACACACACACACAUACACACACACACACAGAUAUUUCAGACAUGUCUUUCCUUUGUUAAAGGUCGGCGGUCAUCACCUGCUUGUCGGGGCAUUUUAAGGUACUUAUAAAACCAGACUAACUGACACGUUACUCUGUUUUUCUUUCUUGCUUUUCUACUUAUUCAUGUGGAUGUGUAAAUAGUGUACAAGUCACUGGAAAGAUGUUAGAGGAAAAAACAAAUAUCCUUCCAUAAAGAAACUCAUAUUAAUGAAGUGGAACCUUAGUGUGUGCCGUAGUGUUUUAUUGUGUAUUUCUAUUUUGUACAUUUCCUCACAUUCCUCUUUGGUUUUGAAUGAUGUAUUAAAUCAUGGUUCGUGUUGUGCUCCAGAGUAUUGAACACAAGGUGGCACUGCUUCACGUGCUGAAGGUCUCUAUGGGAUUUUGUUAUGUAUUGAUUAUAUUACUACUGGUUCAGUAGGUGUAGUUGACCUCGUCACUGUUCUGCUUGUCAGUUUGGAGCACAGAGACUUUUCAUAAAAAAGCUAAUGUCGGCUGAUGUUUUUCUUAUUUAAAUGACAGAGACGGACACACUGAGGAGUUAGUGGCUGGAAAUGGUUUUACAUGUGUCAAUGCUGGUCUUGUUUCCCUUUUAAAAAAAGGUGUUUCCUAUAGAACUACCCUUUGUAGUUGGGGUUAGGGCUUAAUAUAGGUCAACUUUUAGGCUGUGGUUAGGCAGCGAUUACUGAUUGGCUUCAGGUGAAUGCGAGAGGAAACCAUGUCGACUGGGAAACGAAAUUAACAUUUCAUUACCUUGCUUUUAAGAGUAUAUGUACAUUUUUCAAAAAAAAAAAAAAUUUUAAUUCAUAGAGUUUGAUGUUGAUCUAAUACAAACAGCUGCUCAAGUUUUAAUUUGCACAAUAUUUAUAAGACUGAGAAUCUGACUACAAUCGGUGCCAACUUCAAUAUUCAAGUUCAUCAAGCUCCUCUUAAUAAGUAAUGAGGUUCAAUACCCGACCCCAGUCAUCAGUUAUAGGUCCAGAAACAGCAUAUCAGAGUGUAGCCCUGAUUCAUCGCUUCACAACAACACAUGGUUUGUCCUGGUUCACACUGUCAGGUCAGGUGGGUGUGAAAGCUCAUGAUGGUACAGACGAGACACCUGAGGGAAAACUAUAACUGUUAUCAGGAUGUAUACAUUUUUGCAAUACAGAGGAGGCUCUGCAGGGAGCAGUUUUAAGGAUGUUUCUUAUUUUGUGUGUUAAUAUCAAACUGAUUUCAAAUGUAACUAGUGAUUUAACAUGUUUAAUAAGAAAGGGUGCAAAUUCUCACUUAUGCUGAUGUAAUAAAGUAUUCUUCAAAUGA